AUGUCGCUUGCCGACUUCACCGCCGCGCUCUCGCCCAGCGCAGAGUUUGCCACGGCCCACACCGACGCCUUCGGCGCCCUGUUCCGCCUGGCCGAUCGUUCCGGCCGUGGCCAUGUCGGCCUCGACGACUAUCUGGCUUUCAGCCAUCUGAUCAGCAAGCCCGGCUCCGAGUACGAGCUUGCCUUCCGGCUGCUUGAUACCGACCGCGAUGGCGUCGUCACGCUGUCGCAGUUCAAGCAGCUCAUCACUGCCCACACCAAGGCAUCGCCGUCGCAGGCUCCUCUCGACUGGAGCUCAGAGUGGAUGAAGCUCCAGUUUGCCUCGGCCAAGGCAAAGGCCGACACCCUCACCUUUGACGAGCUGUCGCAGCUCAUGGGCGAGUAUGAGCAGGAGCGCCUGACCCAGGAAUUCAGGUUCCACGACAAGAAGCAGACCGGCUACAUCUCCAAAGACGCCCUGCUCUCGAUCGUGCAAAAUAGCCUGCAUCAUCGGAUGAACCCCUAUAUCGCCUCGCGCCUGGCCGAUAUCGCCACCCUCUACCAGGGCAAAGUCUCGCUCGCCAACCUGCGUGCCACCUACAAUGCCAUCCAGAAGAUCGACCACGUCGCUGCCGCCCUCGAGUCUGCCCGUAUCCACAAUCCCGAUGGUAUCAGCAAGCCCGAGCUCGAGACCCUCGUUCGCGCAAAGGCCAGCUUUACCCCGAUGGAGGUCGACAUUGUGUACCAUCUGGCCUCCUCUGGCUCCGGCCCCCGCCCCGAGCGCCUCACCCUGUCGGCUCUCAAGCGUCUGUUCGAGGAGAAGUGGGAUGAGGCCACUGGGCCUGCUGUCACCGCUGCUGCCCCUGCUGCUGCCGAGCCGCACAAGCAACACCUCAGCCCUUUGAUGGAGGUCCUGAAGAGCGCCUACAACUUUACCCUUGGCUCCAUCGCCGGUGCUGUUGGCGCCACCGUCGUCUAUCCCAUCGAUCUCGUCAAGACCCGCAUGCAGAACCAGCGCAACCAAGUCGGCGAGGUUCUCUACAAGAACGGCAUCGACUGCUUCCAAAAGGUCAUCCGCAACGAAGGCUUCCGCGGCCUGUACUCGGGCCUCACGCCCCAGCUCGUCGGCGUCGCCCCCGAGAAGGCCAUCAAGCUGACGGUCAACGAUCUGGCUCGCUCCAAGCUCCGCGGCAGCGAUGGUUCCCUGCCUCUGUGGGCCGAGAUCCUCGCUGGCUGUAUGGCCGGUGGCAGUCAAGUUAUCUUCACCAACCCGUUGGAGAUUGUCAAGAUCCGGCUCCAAGUUGCCGGCGAGAUCGCCAAGAACGCCAUUGACGGCGCUGCUCUCCCCAAGCCCUCCGCCGUCCAGAUCGUGCGUCAGCUCGGCCUCCUGGGUCUUUACAAGGGUGUCCUCGCCUGUAUGCUGCGUGAUGUCCCGUUCUCGGGCAUCUACUUUGCGGCCUAUGCCCAUCUCAAGACUGACCUCUUUGGCGAGGGCGUUAACGGCAAGAAGCUGAGUGCGGGCGAGCUCCUGACUGCUGGCGCCAUCGCCGGUAUGCCCGCCGCCUACCUCGUCACCCCUGCCGACGUCAUCAAGACCCGCCUGCAGGUUGCUGCCCGCAAGGGCGAGACCACGUACACUGGCAUCAUGGAUGCCUUCUACAAGAUCAUGAGGGAAGAAGGCCCCAAGGCGUUCUUCAAGGGCGGCGUUGCCCGUGUCCUGCGAUCAUCGCCCCAGUUCGGUGUCACUCUCGCCUGCUAUGAACUCCUCAAGUCCGCCCUUCCCAUCAACUUUGAGCAAAUGACCUUGCCCCACAUUCCCGCCGCCGGCGUUACGUCCAGUGCCACCACAGCUGCGGCCCACGAGGAGAAGAAGAACAUGCUCAGAGUGAUCCACAACCUGCCGCCCACCUACUACAACGGACGGGCGUACUUUCAAAAGUAG